GAACUCUAUAGCAAAUAUGAACUUAUUAUAUUCAUUCUAUUUGUUAUUUUUUGCAGUCAGUGGUGUAGUCGCUAUACCUGGGAUCGAAUGGUAUAAACCAACCUUAGGUUUGUAUGCAUGUUUGUAUGAAAUUGACUAUUCAGGAAACUUUACCUUCUGUCCAGCUACAGAUUCUACAUGUUUAUGUUCGGACCCAAACUCAAGAGCAACCAUGGCUGGUUGUUUAGUUUACCAUGAUAGAAACACAACAAUCAUGACUGACUAUAUCGUCAAGUAUUGUGGGAUGUAUUUCGAAACCAAUUUGACUUCAGAUUGGUUUGAAGGUGCCUACGCUAACUUUACCGCAAGGGCUAAGUACUUCAAAGAUAUUGACAUGCCUGCUGAUAGCAACAUCGUUGAUGUUCCAUUAAAGUUUGAACCAAAAGAUAUGGAUCACUACCUGACCAUUGCCAUGAACUUCUUAGGUAACUACGAUGAUUCUGUCUACUACGGUGUAUCUGUCUAUGGAUUCUGGCUCAUAGUAUUGUUAAUCGGUGCCGCUAGUCACUGGACUAAGAUGUUGUUCCCAGGGUUGACUAAGAAGAUGACUGGUCCUGUUUCCAACUUCUGGAGGAAAUACAUUUCUAUGCCAGCUUUUAUCGGCAGAAGAAAGGCUCAAUCAAUUCCAGGGUUUAAAAUAUUUGACAGUUUAAUUCCAACCAGAUUUGAAAUGCUUGUGAUUUCUUUGUUCUACGUCUACAUGAUUAUUAUUCACGCCAUUAACAUGAAAGGUGUCAAGGGCGACCCUGUUUUUGGUUCUAAGUAUAUGGCUGAAUUGAGAUAUGUUGCUGAUAGAACCGGUAUUGUUGGUACUGCCAUGAUGCCAUUGGUAUUCUUGUUUGCUGGUCGUAACAACUUUUUGCAAUGGAUCUGUGGUUUCAACUAUUCUACUUUCCUCUGUUACCAUCGUCAUCUUGCUAGAGUCAUGUUUAUGUUGAUUGUCAUUCAUUCCGUCAACUUCACCAUUCUUGAAGAAGAAUACUAUGCUGAAGAUAUAAAAGAACCAUGGCUUUACUGGGGUGUUGUUGCAACUAUUGUUGGUGGUGUUAUGUUAAUCCAAAGUAUCCUUUAUCUUAGAAGAAUCAACUACGAGAUUUUCCUCCUUGUGCAUAUCGUAUUGGCUACUUUCUGGGUUGUUGGUACUUGGGUCCACGUUGUUGAUUUCGGUUAUGGUUGUGUCUUUAUUCCAAGUAUUGCAGUUUGGGGUUUCGACAGAGCAGUCAGAAUAGGACGUUUGCUCUAUUUCGGAUUCCCUGAAGUUACUAUUGCCUUAGUUGGUGAUGAAACCAUCAAAUUGUCAAUUCCAAAACCAAAGAACUGGCAUCCAAUCCCAGGUGGACAUGCUUUUAUCUACUUCUUGAAGCCAACUUACUUCUGGCAAUCACAUCCAUUUACCUUCACCAGUUCUGCCAAAGAAGACCACACCAUUGUCAUGUAUAUCAAACUCAAGGGUGGGAUCACUCACAGUUUAUACAAGUUAUUAAACAAGUCACCAGGUAAAACUGUCACUAUGAGAGUUGGUGUUGAAGGCCCUUACGGUGAAUCCACUCCAGCCAAGUAUGUAGACAAGGCUGUUUUCAUUGCUGGUGGUAAUGGUAUUCCAGGUAUCUAUUCUGAAGUUCAUGACAUUGCUGUUAGAUCCACCAAGGAAAGAAAUCAAGUAUUAAAAUUGAUUUGGGUUAUUAGAGACUAUGGUUCCAUUGCUUGGUUCCAUGACGAACUUGCAGCAUUACAAAAUACCAAUAUUGACACCACAGUUUAUGUUACUAAACCAAGUGCUAACUUGGGUAAGAUUGAACAAUUAGAUAAACUGGACAGCUCAAAGGAAGGGUCUAUCAAGUCUUCUGAAUUAACCAAAUCUUACGAAGCAAACUUGACUAAUAUCAGCGACAUUAACGAGAAAAUUACCAGUUCAAAGGAAGAUUCGAUUAAUGAAGUAUCCAAGUCCAAGGAAUAUAUAACUGAUGAUAUUCCUGGCGAAUUGAAGGAGAAAUUAUCACAUAUUCAUUUUGAAGAAGGCAGACCUAACAUUGAGAGAUUGAUUCAAGAUGAAAUCAAGGAAUCACCAGGGUCCACGUUCUUUGUUGCUUGUGGACACCCAAUUAUGGUUGAUGAAGUUCGUUAUCAAUGUUGUAAGAACAUUGACAACCCUGAGAAGAAGAGAGUUGAUUUCUUUGAACAACUUCAAAUCUGGGCCUAAAAGUGUUAUAGUUUUUAGUUUCAUGUAGAAGUGUCUAAUAUUUCUUUUUUAUAUAUUGCAAUUGUUGCUUUUAGCGUAUCUUA